AUGCAUCAACGUUAUGGAGAUAAUUUUUCUAAUUCUACGAUGUCAUCUUCCAACAAUGGAGUCUUCUUGGGAACAGCAAGAGAAAAACGAGAAAAAUUAUUGAGAAAAGCCUAUUUAAAUCAACAACGAAAUGAAGCAUCGAGCGGCUGGAAACCGCAUACACCACCGCCUCAGACAAUUAAUGAAUCAUUUCCACCUGAAUUUCGUUAUUUCCGUCAUCAUCACAAUUCUCGAACGCAUAGCGUUGAUAGUAUUUCAUCGUCAAUAGCUAACACCAACGCAACUAUUCCAAUCAAUGACCAUCAAAUACCACGUACAGCAAGUCAAACAAGUCUUAAUAUGCAUCGUGCAAGUCCUUGUCCCUCAGAUGUGUCAUUUUCUUAUUCAAAUCCGAAGUAUUUUGUACGAACAUCUGUCUUCCGUCCUUCGUCAGCAUUAGCGACUAAAGCACCGUUGCAUUAUGAAAAUGUCAUUCGAUCUUCAUUGUUCGAUGAUAAGCAACAUCUUGGCAUUAAUAAUGAUGAACUAACAUUUCGAGCACCAACACCUGGGCCAGACUUUUCUGCUGCUCGUAGUGAUUCAAUAACACUCGAUGAACUAAUCGCCCGAUUAACUCCAACGUCAACUAGUACACCUGAAAUAACAUUUCUCUAUCCUGCACUUCUAUGUUGUCGAACUUAUAUUAAUCCGAUACUUUUGUUUAAUAAGAUAGCAAAAUCUAUUUUUAGUAAUUUGACACGUUGUUCUUCGGAACAACGAACAAAUCUACUUCUCAAUUAUCUUUCUAUGUUGAUUCAUUGGACAAAAACAUUCUCAUACGAUUUUCGUACACUAGCAUUAAUGAAUCAACUUGAAUGCAUAACAAGUCAAAUUGUUAAAAUUGAUCCUGUAUUUGAACCGAAUGUUAAAUUGCUCUUAUCGGAUAUAAUGUCUAAACUCAAUAUUCUCGAUCGAUAUGAACAAUAUUUACAAUUAAUUGACAAUGAAAUAGCCACUCGUUUGACAACUUCUGCUUUAACAACUGAUAUUUAUGAGCAAUGUCCAUGCCCAAAAGAAUUUGCACAUCAAUUGACACACAUUGAAUUAGAUAGACUUAAAGCAAUCGGAGCGGAAGAAUUCAUACAUAUGCGCUCAUCAGAUUCAUCAUCGGCGUCAGAUUCUCGUUCGACAAAAUCAUCAUCAACAACAUUAAAUGCUUGGACAUAUUGUCUUGAAGCGUAUGUUAAUUGGAGUAAUCGUUUAUCGUCAUUUGUAACAACAGAAAUUAUUAAACAUUUAAAACGACAUAUUCGUGUUAAACUUCUCAAUUAUUUUAUUGAUGCAGCACUUGAAUGUUUUAAUACAGGCAACUUUAAUUCAAUGAUGGGAAUUCUAGGUGGUCUGAAUAUGUUACCUGUCAAACGUCUAAAGAAAACGUGGAGUAAAGCUAAUCGUGCGAAAUUGGAUACACUAGAAAAAUAUAUGAAUCCAAGUAAAAACUUUUGUAUUUAUCGAUCGAUUGUUAAAGCUGCAAUGCAACGAGCCGAAAAGCAUCACUGGCAACCGGGAAUGGUUAUUAUUCCCUUUCUGAGCAUUUUCUUGCGUGAUGUCUAUUUUAUUAAAGUUCGUUCGCCUGAUUUAAUCAUGACAAAUGAUGAACAUGAAGAACUUAAUCUAAAAAAAUUUUAUAUUCUGGCUCGAUUUAUUUCAGAAGAAUUUAUCAGAUGUAAAUCGAGUAAAUGUUCAUUCGCUCGCUACGAAAGCAUAAUUAAUUAUGUAGUAACCAGUCCUGUGUUUAGCGAAGAUUCUUUAAUGGCAGCUAGUUUUGAAUGUGAACCGCCUGAAACAGAACAUGAUCGUGAACAACUUCGAUCUCUAAGAGCUAAAUUGGGCUUUUAA